AUGGAUUGUAUUUUAGAAACUAUUCAAAAAGGAAUUAGAAGUCUAGAACUGAAAUAGCCUAGAUAUGCCCCUAUUUACUAUAUUCUAACUAGUUCACUUUUAUUUUCAAUAAAUUCAAUGUUAAGCAAAUUUGUUUCAAAUAUUCCUUCCUCUUAAAUAGUUUAUUUUCGAGCAAUAAUUAUGUGUUUGAUGAAUACUAUAGUAACGAGCAAUUAAAAAAUACCACUCUAUGGAUUUACAAAAGAUAUUUACAAAAAAUUAUUUAUGAGAAGCAUAUUCGGAUGUUUAGGAACAAUUUGUUUUUAUUCAGGAAUAAUGCAAGUUAGUGUAUCAGAAGGACAAGUUCUCUUUAGAACAUCUCCUCUUUGGACUUCUCUUAUGGCAAUCUAUUAUUUAAAAACUGAAAAGUUUUAGAAGAGUUUAUUUGUUAAUCUGAUUUUGUGCUUUUUCGGAAUUUUUCUUAUCAGUUAGCCACCAAUACUACUAAAUAUGUUAGGUUAUGAAUAAAUAGAAAAUUAAUAAGAGACAUAAUUGAUGGGGAUAGUAUUAAUUAUACUUGCUGCAAUUUUCUCUUCUACUAUACAAGUAUUAAUUAAUUAAUUGGCUAAAUCAGUAUUAAUUUAUUUUAUUUAGGUAAAUCAAUUGGUAAUUCUAUAAUAUUUCUCUAUUAUUUCAAUUGGAGUAACAUCUAUAGCAUUAUUUAUAAUUCCAGCUUAAUAAUGGUUAAUUCCAAACUAUUAUGAAACAAUUAUAUUAAGUCUGAUUGGUGGAACUUCAUAUUUUUCCUAGCUUAUGAUGAAUAGAGCAUAUAUGAAAGGUAACCUUACUGAAAUAUCGAUGCUGGGUUAAUCCUAGGUUAUUUAUGGAUAUUUUAUAGAUACUUUAAUGGGGACAAACUUAUCUAUUUUUAGUAUUUUAGGUACAGUUAUAAUUCUGGCUUCUUUAAUAAAAGUUGUUCUAGAUAAAUCCAAAUCUUCACAACAAUAAAAAGGACCUUGAUAAUCAG